GUGACUGCUGAUCAGGUCAUAAGGGACGCGCCUGACUUUUCACGUGAUAUCACUUCUGUUCUCGAGCUGAGAGGAAGUGCGGGUUUAUUAAAGCGAGUUUCUGAUUUAUUGACCAUCAAACCGAGAGGGAGAGGAGAUUGAGCGGAAUCAGAAUGAAGAGUUUGGCUGUCCUGUGCCUGCUGUCAGCUCUGUCUGUGAGCUGGACUCGUCCACAUUUUGGUCUACUCUCGGAUCAGUUGAUCAACCACGUCAAUAAAGCAAACACCACUUGGAGGGCUGGGCAUAACUUCCCAAAUGCAGAUUACAGCUAUGUGAUGCAGCUGUGUGGAACCAUGCUGAAGGGUCCCAAACUCCCAGUCAUGGUUCAGUAUGCUGGAGACAUGAAGCUUCCAGAAAGCUUCGAUCCUAGAGAGCAGUGGCCUAACUGCCCCACCCUGAAAGAGAUUAGAGAUCAGGGUUCCUGUGGCUCAUGCUGGGCUUUUGGAGCAGCUGAAGCGAUCUCUGAUAGAAUCUGUAUUCACAGCAAUGGCAAAGUGAGUGUAGAGAUCUCUUCUGAGGACUUGCUGACCUGUUGUGACAGUUGUGGGAUGGGGUGUAACGGUGGAUACCCUUCUGCAGCUUGGGAGUUCUGGGAAAGUGAAGGUUUGGUAUCAGGCGGACUCUACAAUUCACAUUUAGGCUGUCGGCCAUAUUCCAUCGAGCCUUGUGAGCAUCAUGUGAAUGGCAGUCGUCCUCCGUGCACAGGGGAGGGUGGAGACACUCCUAACUGUGAGAAGAAGUGUGAACCUGGCUACAGUGUCUCUUACAAGCAAGACAAACACUUUGGAAAGCAGUCCUACAGUGUCCCCUCUGAUGAGAAGCAGAUAAUGCAAGAGCUCUACAAGAAUGGCCCAGUUGAGGGAGCCUUUACUGUUUAUGAGGACUUUCUUCUGUACAAGUCUGGUGUCUAUCAGCAUGUCAGUGGCUCCGCAGUAGGAGGCCAUGCUAUUAAGAUCCUGGGCUGGGGAAAGGAAAAUGGUACCCCUUACUGGUUGGCUGCAAACUCUUGGAACACUGACUGGGGUGAAAAUGGCUAUUUCAAGAUCCUGCGAGGUAAAGAUCACUGUGGCAUUGAGUCCGAGAUGGUGGCUGGUAUCCCUAAGUGAGUCCAGUGUUCAGCGCUGGUCCUUAGCCUUGGUUUCACUUGAGUUUCACUGUCCAGCACAUUUUGAUGCUUUCUCUGCUUCCCUUCCACCACAACUGACCUAUUAUUUAAGUCAUUUAACGAAACUGAAUUAAGGUAAAGUGGGUGUGUCAAAUAGAGCUGCGAUUGACAUAAAUUUGGAGCCGAUAAGUUUUUAGAAACUACACUGAUGAUUGUCAACAAAUCCUUGCAGCCUUAUUGUUAAAGCAGGGAAAAUGUAAAUGUGUGUGGAAGAGGACUUCCAGAAACAAGGUUGGAACCACAGCCAAAAAGGUCCGAAAAGGGAUAAAAAUUCAGGUGUUACAACAAAUGACAAGGCACUCAGUUUUUCUUCUGUGAAAUUCUGUCUUUUUAAUCAUGUUUUUGUAGACAUUUCCUAACAAUGUCAGCAAUUUAACUUCCUUUUUAAUUUCUAAUGGUCAUUUUAUUUAGAGAGAUACUUUAAAAUGUGUGAAUUAUGUUGCUGCUGCACAGCUACACAAACACAGCAACAAAGCCUACUGCAAAUGUUUUUAUGCUCAAGAAUUCAGAAUUCAGUCUCCUUGUUGGUCAGUAAUCUGAUGCGAGGCAAUGUGCUUUAACUGGUUGUGUAUAUUCUGAUUUUAGAGACUUCAUCUAAAUGUAACUGAUUCUGAAGCUUGAAAUAAAAUUUCUAUUAAAAUAUAACAA